UUUUUGUAUGCCAGUGUCUAAUGCCCCUUUAAAUUAAGGACUUCCUCUGUCCCGUAAUAGGCUCAGAGAAAAGGAUUUUUGUUUAUAUGUUCCAUAGUUGGAUUGCCAUUGAAUUUACUUAACCACUUUAUUUUUUGCUGUACAGUAUGUUCCUUAAAACAUUGAUUUAUUACUGAUGAUGUUUUUGUUCCCUAGGAAAUGAUGCCUUGGCAAAUUGCACAGUGGCCCAAAGAAUAGGGAAAGGCAAAGAUGCUACAGUUAUCUUUCACAGUGUUCGUACACCAGCAACCAAACCUUCUCUAAGAGAAAUUUCUCAAAACAGUAGCUUGCAAAAUGAAGUCCAAAAUCUACCCGUUUUAAACAGGCAUCAUGUUCCUCCUACACCCGUGUUUCAGAACCAGAUUGCUCUUCCAAACUUUAGCAUGCCCUAUAAUCAUUUCUCUAUGUCUCUAGAGAGCCUAAUUGCAUCUUCUUUGGGGAUUUCAUCAAAAUGUAUUAAAGAUCCUAGACUUUUAAAAAGGUGUGAACAAGAAGUUGUUAAAUUCACUGGACAGUAUCUUUUAGGACAGCAAAAUCAAAAAGAACUUGUUUUUGAAAGUGAAGUGCCCAGCUUAAAAGAAAAAGAGCCUAGUAAAGAGAAUCUGGGCACAUUAGAAAACAGUGGAAGUAAAACAUCGCUAUACGUAAGUUUUGAAGAAGCACGUUUUUCAGAUGAGAACUACAUGAAUGAGCAGGAAAUUAGGAACAUGGAUGAAAAAGAAGACAUAAAGUCUUGUGAUCAGCAUCUUACAGAGCAACAAAGACAAUCCAAAUGUGUUUUUGAUAAUGAAGUGUCCAACAAAGAUGAAGCUCUUAUAAAAGAAAGAGAGAGCUGGGAAAAUAUUGUAAGUAAAACCUCACUAUAUAUAAGUUUUGAGGAAGUACGCCUUUCUGAUGACAGUCGUAGUAUGGUAAAAGAAUCGGUAAUGAAGACAGAGAAGAAACAGUCAUCAUUUGUGACUCUUGCGGAAAAUGUGGAAGAUGCAGAUGAUCAGUCUUUGCACUGUUUAUCCACAAAGGAGAACUCAAAACUUUCUGGAAAACUGUGUGUAUAUGGUGGGUCACAAACACUGCGUGACAAUCAGUUUGGUCUUGCAAAAGAUGAAGAGCCCACAAAACUGAAUUCAUCCCUGGAAAAAACAUCUGCCCCACCUGGAAGUAUUAACAAAAUCCCAGCUAAAGUAAAUGACAAGAACCAUCUACUUCAAAGUAAAUGCCAAGUAUUAUCAUCUGGAAUAAAUAAAGGAGAGUCUAAAGACAGUGGCGACAUGUCUUCAAAUCAAAAGCAGAAAGAUGCACUUCUAAAAGUUGUUCUAAAUGCCAGCAACAGUAAUGAAUGUUUUUCUUCAGGAAAACUCACUGAGGAUAAGAGUGCUGAAGUUACUACACAAACAGGAACUUUGCAAAAUAAUCAAUACUCAAUCUGUGAUGAAGACAAGAAAGUAUGUUCUAAUGGUAACAGAAGUAAGCUUGCCACAACUAAACCACAUCACAUAGAUAGAGGUAUAGUUCAACCUACAAAGACGUUUUUACCAUUAAGCAAAAGACAACUUGACAAAAGUGUUCAGCCUAAAACCUGUAUAUCAAAUCCUGAUAUGAAAGCUAAAAAGAUUGUAGAUCAUACAAGUCCCCAAAAGCAUCUGUCUAAUUCUUCAUCCUGCCUUAAUACAAAAUCCCCCAAAGCUGCAGAGAAACGUCCAAUGAAGAAAUCUCUUGAAAAGAAAGUGCAAAAACAGUCUUUACACAAGAAAGAAAAGUCCAUCAAGAUAGUGCCUGCCGCUUCUCCUAAAAAAAUGAAAGAUGGUGACAAACACAAUGCUGUGAGCAAGUUGACUAAUGAUCUUAAUGGAAAACAUGCAUUUGAAAAACACAGAUCCUUCCCAGCUCCAAUUCACGAAGUGUACAAGGACGCAACUGAAAAUGAACUAAAUAGUAAAAGUAGUUUACCAUGUACUGGACUUUGUACUACCAAAGAAGAUAAGGAGGUUAAGAAGAAUUCUGAUUCAAAUUUAAUUUGCAAAAAUGUCCAUUGUAAUGAUUCAUUUGAAAUGUCACAGACAGAGAAAUCAAGUGUGCAUAAGUCAUUAACAGAAUACAAUGCAUUUGGAGACAUGCAACGUGAUUUGCAGUGUUUGAUAGAGUUAGAAAGCCGCAUAGAUUGGAAAGGUAUUUUUGGGAAACAAAAUGAGAAAGCAGAAGACAUAACAGAGCUAUGGAAACCUUCAAGGAAAUUGAGAGAGCCUAGUGGCUUGAGGAUCUUUCCUGACAUGGAAAUUACCAUUAGAAACUCUCACUAUAUGUGUGUAGAACAGGAUGUCAACAAUGUUGUUGAAGUAUAUUCAUCUAUGACUGUAAAAGAAAACAUAAACAACAGUGCAAAAAAAGAUGAUCCUUCAAAUCCUCAGACAAGUGAUGUCUCAGAGACUGUAGCUAACAAAACAUCUUCAAUGUCCCAGGAUUACAAAGCGCCAGUUGAUAAUAGACCUGAGCUCCUAUCUCAUAGUGUCAGGAUAAAUGAAAGUGUCCAUUUAGAUGGAAAGCUAAUAACGCAAAAUCAGGGUAAAUCUGAGGCCAUUAAUGAUAACAAUUUGACUUGUAUCAAAACUAGGAAAAGUUUGUCUCAUUCAAAUAUUCUGAAAAAGAAACUCAGCAGCACAAGGAGGCAUUCAGUAGUUAUUAAAAAAUCUGUUAGAAAUAUGAACAAGUUCUCUCAGUCUGAAAAAAAUAUAAAGGUGGUUUUAGGAUUGUUGUCAGGUGAGAUUCCUCUGUGUAAGAACAAGCGAAUUUCCAAAAGACUAGACCGAGCUAUGCUUCACCUAAGAAAAGCGCAUAAAAGAGUACAAAAAUCCCUGCAGCUUGAAGCUAAGUCUGGAAGGAAAUGUAACGUUACAGAGUCCUUGCAAGCCACAGGAAACUCUGGUCAAGAAAAUCAUGCUAUUAAAAACCAUAAUACUUUUAAAAUAAAAAGUCAAAAUGGCAAAAAAAUGGACACCAAAAGAAAACAAGCUAAAAGUUUGAAGGUAGAGUGUGGAGGUAAGCAGUUGUUACAAAGUACACAUUCUUUUAAGGUUGCUGUCAUUGAUAAACAUCCGCAAAGGUCUUCUGAAGACAGAAAAUGUCUAAACCUGACAACUCAAGCACUCACUGGAAAAUAUGCAAAUGAUUCCUUGGCUGCAACUUCUGGCAAUUCAGCUUCACCCAAAAAAUUGCCUCCAUCACCUCAAUACAGAAAUAGUGUAGGAAUUGCUGCAAAUUCUCCUAUUGCUAGCAUGUCAGAAAUAGAGAACGCAGUACCAGCUAUUUCUUCACCAAAAUUAACAAGUGAAAAGAAAGAGGUUCUUACAAAAAAAUGUCUAAAAGUAAAAAAAGACAUAAAAGAACUCCUCUGCACCAAGAAAAUGUUAUUGCAUGCAAAGAAGUACCAUUCAUGCCAUACUAAAAUUAAAACAUCCAAGAAAAAAACAGAUUCAGCUUGUGAAAAAAAUCAGCAUAAAGGAAAAAAAGUUAAGCACAGUACACUUACCACAGCAAAAAAAAAUGAGGUGUCAAGAUUGUUAUUGGGGAAACUGUCGAAGAUUCUGCAAAAUGCAAGUGAGACAGACAGCCUAAACAGUCUACUGGACUGCCGAUCCUUGUGCAAAAAAAUGCUCCCUGUUUUUAUUAAGUCCUUUGAGAGGAAGCAGAAAUGUACCUGGAGAGAUGUAAUAGUAGACAGGAAAUUGUUGUUUUCCAACCAUCUCAACAAUGGUUUUAGAAGUACCUUACAGCCACAGGCCGUAGAAGCUUUUCUUGAAUUACAGAUGAUGAUAGAAACAACUGAGUUUAUUGAGAAUCGCAUUCGUUUUAUUGAGGGAAGGCCUACGUUUCGCAGUCUCCUAUGGUAUGAUGGUUCGCUGUAUAGGGAAUUACUUGCAGGCGAAGCUGGCUAUCAGCAGCAAUCACACUUCUAUACAGCAUUUCAAGAAAAACUGAAUGACAGUGCAGUUACUACUUUGGAGAGCCUUUGUAGCAGGCUGUCUGAUUUUUUGCAGGAAAUAGAUGACAAGAACAGCUCCUACUAUGUCUACUUGAAAUAUAACAGAGAAUUGAAAGAAUGUGAAGAUGUUUUAAAGCAUGAUUGUGACUAUUCCGCAUUUUCCCUUUCCAUACCUUUCAGCUGUGGAGCACAUCUGGGAGACACAGUAGAAGAUUUGGUGGCCUUGCAAAAAAGUACUUUAGAAAUAAUAAGUCGAUUUAUUCAACUUCCUAAAGUAGAACCUGAAAAGAAGGAACAUGCACUAUGUCUUCUAGAAAUGAUCUCAGCUAAAAUUGACUUUUUGAAGACCUCGGUGUCUAAAAGUAUGAAUUUGUCACUCUUUGGUAUUCAGCACUUACUGUUUGAUGCAUCAAAAAUGAUGGUUUUUAAGGAAAGGAAAGCACUUGAUGGGAACAAAAUGAUAGUUCUUACAAAUGAGAUCAUUGGUCAGAUUAACAGCAAUGCUUUAUCAAAGUUGUAUGAAGUAUUUUGUGUCCCUGGUGAAGAAGCUUGGAUGGCUGAUGACAAUGCUGAGUUGUGGAAUAAGAUCCCAGAUUCACACAAAAGUCUCUCUUCUCACAAUGAUAAGUUCAUUGUUAGCAAGUUCAUAGACCAAGCUCUUCAUGCAAAACCUGAUUUGUUAGAACAAAUGAUUUGUGAAUGCCAAAAACAUUUACACUCCCAGAUAAAAAACUUUCAGAUUUUACAGGAAUGUGAUAUAGAAAAAGCCCUGAUCAAAGAUAGCAAUGUUAAGGAAAUUACUCAAAGAAAAGACCCACUUACCACUCUGAUAAAGCCUGAAGCAGUUGAACCAUAUAUUGAACUAGCAAUGACAUCUGAAACCUUGCAUUUUCUUAACUGCGUGAUGGCUUCACAGAAAAAAAAAGAAACAAAAAGAGGAUUACUGUGGUAUGACACCUCUCUGUUAUCGGAUCUAGUUCAAAUUCAACAAAGACUGGCCUCCUUUGUGACUGGGACCAUGAUGCCCAAUGCUGUUGACACAAUCAAAAGCAGAAUAGUAGACAUAAAAUCAGAGCUAGAAGUCAUCAGCAGCUGCUCAGAUUCAGUGAAUUAUGCGUAUGCUUUUCAAAUGAUGACAAGAGAACUUUCAGAGCUUUCAGAGUUAAAAAAAAUGGUUUUUAAACUCGACUCAGCAAUACAUGAAUACAUCAACUUUUCCCCAUGGGUUGUCUCAUUACACUAUGGAAGCCUAACCAUGGAGCUGGACCAUAAUUACAGACAGUUUUCUGAUUUCCUUGGAAUUCUAAUGUCUUCUCCUAAGAAAGAUUUAGGAAAAAUGGCCCAUACAAUGAUGAUAAUGAAAACAAUCGAACUAGCAAAAGCUUUGAAUGACAAGAACAACAAUUUGCCGUUUGAUAUCAUUACAUGUCAGAUUCUGCAAAACACAAUACAAAGUAAUUGCAUGGUUAAUAAGACACCAAAUGAAGGCAAAACCAAGAUGUUGAAUGAUCAAUCUCCCAGGAAAAGAAAAUGUACGUCUCCAGAGGCUGUCUCUCCUAAGAAGAAGGUCUUAUAUACUUGUGAAAAGUCUCCGGGAAAAGAGAAAAAAGAAAAAACAGAAUCUCCUUCAAGGUAG